GUUUCAGCGUUGCCCACGUACUUACAUGGUCUGAGUAUGAGGGAAAAGUCGCGGUGGGGAGAGGGAGGCGCUGUGCUGCUGGUGUUUUAGAGUCAAAGGAAGAGCAAGAGUUCUUUUUUUCCCCGACUACGACCACCGUGCUGGAACAACAAGGAUUUUUCUCUCUCUCACUCGUUUUUCGCAUUCUUUACGAAGUUUUCAACUCCCUCUGGCUUGACCGGCGUCAAGCAGCAUGCUAGGCGCGGCUCUUGGACGUCUCCGCGCUCGCGCUUCUCCUCACCACACGUUUUCUGGAUUUAUCCGUGGCGUUUUUGCGAAACUUCUAAAUGCUGGAAGAAGAAGGGGGGCUCUUCCCGCCGCGUGUGGCUUUUCUCGUCCGAGGAGCGAGUGGGAUAGCAGCUACAGUGAGCGAAUGUGGAAACAAUGAGAAGGCAGAGGAGAUAACCUACAGUGUGGCCAAGACUCCCAUUAAAGUGUGGCCUUAAGAGGAAGGGCUGGAAGCAUGAGAACUCCUAAGAGUCAAGACCGAGCUCCAGCCACGCAUUCUUCUCAGCGCUUGCCACACUUUGGUCUACGUUCGCAAAAGAAGAAGGAAGGAGUGAUCCAGGGAAAGCUGCGCAUCCGCUCCAUGCCAGGGGCCUUCCUUGUGCUGGGUGUGGUGGUAGUGAUUGUUGGCACAGCACUGGCAGUGGCAGGGUACUGGCCAUACCGAGUACAGCGUUCGGCGCUGGGCGCUGUGAGCAACGGCCUCUCCAGUACCUCUCAGGCGUCCGGAUGGGGCCUGGGAGCCAAAGGGCUGUUCUCCACAGCCAGCCUGAUCCACAGUGAAAGGAUGAAACUGCUGGGUCCUGUCAUUAUGGGAGUGGGUCUCUUCAUUCUAAUUUGUGCUAAUACGGUGCUGUGUGAGAAUCGGGACAGGGAGACUCAGAUGCUGCUUGCUCAGAUGCAGAGUGUGAUCUGCUCUGUGUCCGCUGCCGUGCCCUCAGCGGACCUCACACAGGUAAACUCACUGGCCAGGCACUACCAGUGGGUUAGCAGCUUGCCUGCAGCCCACCUGAACAUCAUGUGCCUUCAGGAAUUGGCCUCCUCUGAACCUCUGCUGCAGGUGAAAACCACAGAGGUCGAAGAAGGGGGCUUGCAGCAAAGAGCAGUUCUGCGCACUGAGGUCCUUCAUCACCAGGAGUCUUCCUCCACCCCCUCUAUUCACUCUUCCAAAUCUUGCAACUCCAGCAAAGUGGACCUCGACACAGUCCCCGAUGCAGAACAGGGAGCCGGCUUUGGCCAAAAUGCACUACCAGAGGUUCACUGCAAGCUCAGCAACUGCCUGACUGCUAGCUCUCUGUUGACUCUGGAGGGGGAGGACUGGGAGUUACGCGUUCUUCCCCCGAGGCGUUCGCUCAGCAUGAGCUGCAGGACUAAACCACGCACACUGCCCAGGGCUCUACGGCACCACGAGAUAAGGGCUGAGGAUUCUACAGAGUACCCCACACUGCUCCAGCGGCAGUCCAGUUCCGAGGUUUGUGUGAACAUGACAGCGAUCAGCACAGAGAACCUUGACCUUGACUUUGCACUUGCGGAGGAGCAGAGGCACCGCAGCUGGCCUCGACUCGACCUUGGAUAUGCAAGGAAGUAUUUAAAACUCGAAAACAAAGAGGACUCAGUGGACAGGUUGCUGGAUCAGCUCGAGCAGCAGUGCUCACAGUUGGACAGGAGCUUUGGCUCAGGGCCCUUUCAGUGAGUACAGGUCUAAUGAUGUUCACAUGUCUCAAAGGUUAAAGGCUCGGAAAAUGCCAAGGACAGUCAUAUGAGCCUUUAAGCAGAUGACAUGCUAAAGUGGCGUAAUCAAGCGUGAACAUUGUUUUCUGCUCGUUGGUUUGUUGGGUUUGUGUUUAUAAAUGUUUAUGGUGUUCUUUUCCUGUGCCAUAAGGAGUACUAGUUGCACAGACACUGUCAUUUAUCAUGUUGGCAUAAAGUAUUUUGUGUCGUCUGGCCCAAUCCUAUUCUCAUUUGUACCCUAUUCCUCUUGUUUCUGAGUGUCAACUUUCCCCUGUAAACUCUGUAAUCCACAUCCCUAAGUAAUGGGACAGCCCUUUAACAAUCAGAUAUGAUGUGUAAAUUAUUAAAUA